CACACCCCAGCACUGGGCUAUACUCACUGUGUUCCAUCCAAGAACUACUCCAUGAACGAAACUUCACUGAGACAACAUGGCAGAAGUUAAUGGAACGUGUUCCGCACCAAAACAACACCAUAGUGACACACUUCCCGAAAACUACCCGACCGUGAUUCAGAAAUACACCUCCUACAGGUGGCGCUUUGGAUAUAUGAUGAUCCUCGGAAUGGUCUCUGUCCAGUGCAUGAAGAACUGCAUGUCAUUCGCUUUAGUAUGCAUGACAAGGGGGGUAACUCUUAACAAGGGAGAGCACUCGAACCAAAGCAAUGCUGGCACCAAUUACACAGCAGCAUUUUCACCUGGAAGCAGCGGAUCGCUAAAUUAUUCACGUGAGGCGUCUACGGCAGAGUUUGACUACAGCAGCCAGAUGCAAGGUCUUCUCAUAUCGUCAACUUACUACAUUGGAAUUAUUUCGCCAAUAUUUGGCAGCAUGGCUUCACGGAGAUUUGGUGCCAAGAGAGUCAUCUGUGCAUGUAUGAUGUUGGGUGGUGUCACGACGAUCGCUGUUCCGGUAGCGGCAAGAAGUCAUGUGUAUCUGGCUGUCAUUUGCAGACUGCUUCUCGGAUUUGCAAUUAACGGCUUGCUGCCUGUAACACUUGACGUGUGGCUGUACUGGGCUCCCACACAAGAAAAGGCACAGCUGGUGGCCUACACCUUCACAGGAUACAACAUAGCAAGUAUUGUGACGUUCUUUAUCUGUGGAUUCCUCUGUCUCACUCCAAUAGACAACGGUUGGCCGUUCAUCUUCUACGUGUUUGGUGGCUGCGCAAUCCUCUGGGGUCUGGCGUGGAUGUAUUGGGGUCAUGACAAACCGGAAAUGCAUCCAAGAAUCUCACAGCAUGAAAAGAUUUAUAUCUUAACGAACAGAACAAACGUCGACAUAGAGCUCAAGGAUAAAAAUGUUCCCUGGAAGGACAUUUUCCGGAGUAAACCCGUGUGGGCAUAUCUGAUUGUCAUCUUUCUGCAUACGUGCAAUAGUAGUAUUUUGGCGAGUUACCUCCCCUUGUAUAUGGCAACCGUGCUCAACUUUGACGUGGAACAGAACGGUGUGCUCUCCUCGCUGCCCUAUGUCACUCGUGUCAUGGGGACUGUGUUUUGGAGCCACGUCAGCAUGAAGCUGGUGAAAAAGAUCUCCGUUACCCACACACGGAAACUUAUACAGACAAUCGGGUUUGCUGUGGCAUCCGUGCUGACCAUUGGUCUGUGCUCUCUGGAGGAUGGUCAGGAGAUCAUCGCCGUUGCCAUCUUCGUAGUGUCCAUGCCGUUCCAGUCGGUGACCGCCGUUGGCUGUUUGCUCAGCCCCGUGGAUAUAGCACCGCAGUUCGCUUCCUUUCUAACGGCAUUAGGAGAGGUGUUCAGUUUCGUUGCAUACUCCCUUGCCCCCGUCACUGUGUCCUACAUCGUCACAGAGAGGACGCGGGAACAGUGGUCAACCGUCUUCUAUAUCAGCGCCGGCAUCUAUGUAGUAGCAGCCCUAAUUUUUAUAAUCUUUGGUAGUGGAAAGAUUGAGCCAUGGGCAGAUAACUCCGCGGACGAAAAUAUUCCCGAGCCCACGAGGAAGAGUGAAAUCAACGAAGCAUACGUCAAAGAUAUGGACGAUCUCAAGUCAAACUGAAAUAAUAUACCAUGUAAUUUCGUGACCACUCAUGUAAUUUCGGGAUUUGCCGAAUGCGAAUGCCCUCUCGUGGACAACUUGGUUCCGUCUUCACGCAAACAGACCUCGUCUAUAUACACCGUUGUUUUGAAAGUUUGCAUCGAUAUUUUCUCAAUAUAUAACGGUUGACAUUUACAGCCACUUAUUAUUCAGUACGGUGAAUCAAUUGUGAUUGUCACUCUGGUGACGUUAAGAAACAAGCUAUUGAGGUGGGAUUCUUGUAAAAAAGUACUUAAAACAAUACGCGCGUUCUGAUUGGUUUGUCGUGCUUUCGCACAUGACAUUGAUCACGAGGGGAUGAGAAUUCUUGCAGGUGACGGAAAUGGCGAGGUUGCCCGAUUGUUCUUGCUGAAAUGGGCGGGUGAUGAUAAUGAACCUGCCUGUGUUGAGACAGAGAAAGAGAUUCACAAUAACAGAAAAUGUCCCUCUUUCAUUAUUGAAGUCAGUGAAUUAAAUGUCGUAUUUAGACAAUGGAAAUGAAUGUACCUUUUAAAAUACACCUCAUGUCGGUUAUGAUGUAGACAACAUAUUUCACGAUUAACAAAAGAUAAAAACAUAUCAAACCGACAAUGCACUCAUUUCACAUACCCAAACGCCUCAUGGACGUUUCACAAAGAAAUUACAAGAUGAAAACAGCGUUAUAACUGUACCCUGCACAUUCAAAUUUUGUUUGUUAAUAUAGUAAUGAUUAUAUGUGGAGAAAGGGAUGGUAGCUAAUAUUGCUUGUUCAGCAUGUGUUUGAUACAUAUGCAAAGUUUCAUAAUAAAAUUCUAGUAUUAAACGGUUUCCGGGUUAUGCUCAGGAAACGAAUGCUA